CUUAUCUAUGCGUAUUGCACAAUUUGUCUCGUUCUUUAGUACAGGUUAUGUUCAGUUUUAGAUUCUGAUAAAAAUUGGGUUGUAGUGUAAUUUUUAAACCUAUUUCAUAAUGGCACAAAGUAAGCUCAACGACAUGGCAGGCAAAUUUGCUAAAGGUGGACCUCCCGGUCUGGGCAUCGGCUUGAAAGUUAUGGCUGUCGUCGGUGCGGCGGCCUAUGGUGUCUCACAGUCGUUGUUUACCGUCGAGGGUGGCCACCGUGCAAUCAUGUUCAACAGGAUUGGAGGUAUCCAACAGCACGUCAUGAGUGAAGGCAUGCACUUCCGUAUCCCGUGGUUCCAGUACCCGAUCAUCUAUGACAUCAGGUCGCGACCCCGCAAGAUAUCUUCCCCCACCGGCUCCAAAGACUUGCAAAUGGUGAACAUUUCGUUGAGAGUGCUCUCACGCCCUGACUCCAACAGCCUCCCGACCAUGUACAGACAACUAGGAACCGAUUAUGAUGAGAAAGUCUUGCCCUCUAUCUGCAACGAGGUUCUAAAGUCCGUGGUAGCUAAAUUUAACGCGUCGCAACUGAUCACACAGCGUCAACAGGUCUCUUUGCUCAUCAGAAGAGAGCUUGUAGAGCGGGCGUCGGAUUUCAACAUCAUUCUGGAUGAUGUCUCAGUCACUGAGCUGAGUUUCGGUAAGGAGUAUACCGCUGCUGUUGAAGCCAAACAAGUGGCACAACAAGAAGCUCAGCGAGCAGCUUUCGUAGUGGAAAGAGCUAAGCAGGAGCGUCAGCAAAAGAUUGUCCAAGCUGAAGGUGAAGCUGAAGCAGCUGAGAUGUUGGGUAAAGCCAUGGGCAUGAACCCUGGUUACUUGAAGUUGCGCAAAAUCCGAGCUGCUCAGAGCAUUUCUAGAAUGAUUGCUCAAUCGCAGAACAGAGUCUUCCUUCCCGGCAAUAGCUUGAUGAUUAACCUGCAGGACCCAACCUUUGACGACCUCUCAGAGAAGCUGACGAAGAAGAAGUAACAUACGGAUUCGGUGGAGUGCGCUGAAGCUCUGGAGCCUGCGUCACCUCUCACCGAUGUUGAAGCUGCUGUAAUGAUCAGUGGCGCUGCUUCAGUUGCUGUAUAGUGCAAAAUUUUCCUGUUUUGAGCAUUUCUAAGUCGAAGGUUUACAAUAUAAAUGGAUGUCAAAAAUGUUGCAUUUUAUGUUAAUUAGUUGUAGGUCUAUAGUAUGUAUGAGAAUCAAAGAUAACAAUACACUAUCUUACAAA